AUGGCCGGUGUCGCGAAAUAUUUUGAAGGACAUGUGUAUAAUAAAUUCAAUGAACAAAUUGAUUUUAAUAAUCCGAAAUAUAAAGGAAAAAUAAUUGGCCUUUAUUUUAGUGCUUAUUGGUGUUCACCAUGUUGUGGUUUUACUCCAACAUUAACUGAUUUUUAUAAAACAUAUGGAAAAGAAAAAAAUUUUGAAGUGAUUUUUUUAAGUUCUGAUCAUGAUGAACAAUCAUUUGAUGAUUAUUAUAAAAAAAUGCCUUGGUUAAAAUAUGAUUACAAAGAACGAAAGAAAAAAGAACGAUUAGCUAAAAAAUUUAAAGUUACUGGUAUUCCAGCAUUAGUUUUAGUUGAUGGAGAUUCUGGAGAUGUUAUUUGUUCGGAUGCAAUCGAUCAAAUACAUGAUGAAGAUCGCGAAGGAAGAUAUUUUCCAUGGAAAAAAGAUAAAUAA